AUGUUCAAGCCGUUCAAACCCCCACGCUUAAAGAGCGUUGCUAGACCAGCUUCCAUAGAUGUGGACGACAUUGAGAUCCUCGAGUCGCCACCCCGGCCUUACAAGAAACGACGCCUAUUAGAGCACAUUGUCGAAGACUCUCCGCCAAAGAAGGCGCCUCUUACAUCUUCUGCUGUGCUCGCUCCAAGAAAGCCAUUAUUACCCGUUAAGAACCCACUUGAAGCGAAGCCGCGUCCAGAAUCCCAGGCUGGUAGUCCUGAGAGCUAUUAUAUGGUGCUAUGGCGCAAGUUUACAACCAAAAAACACAAGACUUGGGAUGGAGAUGGAAUUCUCUCGGUCCGUGAUGGAUAUGCAUCCCUCCAGGAUGUAGAUGGGGGUCGAGAGAUGGGCCGUUGCUUAUACAAAGAUCCGCUCCUCCCUGGCAGCACUUUGAGCAUUGGAGGAAAAGAUGUUGAGGUCGAUUCGAUUCUCAGCAAGGCGGAUUUCCUAGCCGGAAAGCCAUUUAUCAACAGCACUGUCACACGAGCUGCUCCUGCCAGCAGUGUUACUGUGCCGAGGAAGUCAAUUGUCCUUCCAAAGGGAAAAGUCUCGUUAUCUCAGAAGAAGAAAACUGACGGUCCCGAAAUGGAGGAGAUCCCUGCUGCGAGCUUCUAUGCCAAUGCGAGCACCGUGGCAAUGAAAGCCCAAUUCAAGAACCCCCUCUUGUCGACUACUACUAUAACCCAAUCGAAGGAUGGAGCCCCAACACCUCGCCAUGAUCCCACUGCACCGGAUGCCUUGGUGAUGCAGAGACCGAAGGACUGUCCUAAAGGAAAGCAAAUAGUAGAUGUCGUUCUUGACCCAUUCCUUGGCCGACACCUUCGUGAACAUCAACGAGAAGGAGUCAAGUUCAUGUACGAAUGUGUGAUGGGAAUUAGGGACUAUGAUGGGAGAGGUGCACUACUGGCCGACGAAAUGGGCCUUGGGAAGACACUACAAACUAUUUGCUUACUAUGGACACUGCUCAAGCAGAAUCCUAUUCAUGGAUCUGACCCGGUUGUGAAGAAGGCAUUGAUCGUAUGCCCUGUGACAUUGAUCGAUAACUGGAAGAAGGAGUUCAACAAAUGGCUUGGCAAUGAGAGAAUCGGCGUGUUUGUAGAGGGCGGCCAGAACAAGAAGAGGAAGAUCACAGAUUUCACACACGGCAAAAGCUACAGCGUCAUGAUCAUUGGCUACGAGAGACUGCGGUCAGUGCACGACGACCUCAAGAAGGGAGCUGGAAUCGACAUAGUCAUUGCGGACGAGGGACAUCGACUGAAAACAGCUCAGAAUAAGUCUGCACUUGCUAUCCGUAAUCUCAAUACCGAUAGGCGUGUAAUUCUCUCUGGAACGCCGAUGCAGAAUGAUCUCUCGGAAUUCUUCACCAUGGUUGACUUCAUCAACCCUGGACUGUUGGGAAAGUACAACACAUUCAAGAAGGAGUUUGAGGGCCCAAUCCUGAAAAGUAGACAGCCAGAAGCUUCGGCCAAGGACAUCGAGAAAGGUGCAGCACGAGGCGAGGAACUCACUAUGUUGACGAAGACAUUCAUUCUGAGGCGUACUGCUGAGAUUCUUUCCAAGUAUCUGAAGUCGAAGACGGAAUACGUUGUAUUCUGCAAGCCUACACAAGCUCAAGCCGAGAUCUAUCAGCACAUCAUUGCGUCUCCUUUCUUUGGAAAAGCACUGGGCACUUCAGAAGCUUCACUUCAGCUGAUCACUAUCUUGAAGAAGGUCUGCAAUGCACCUAGCUUGCUGAUGCAGAAAGCCGAUGCUCCAAGCAACCCUCUUGUUGCCGCAUUACUCGACGUCAUUCCUCGGGAACUGAUGCAAAAAUCGAAUGCUAUAGCGAGUGCCAAGUUCAGAGUUCUAGAUCAGCUACUGAAGUGCAUCUCCACAACUACCACGGAGAAAGUUGUCAUUGUCUCGAACUAUACGUCUACUCUUGACCUCGUUGGCCAACACCUGACUUCAAUGUCUCUACCAUUCCUGCGCUUGGACGGAAAGACUGCCCAGAAAUCCCGCCAAGGUCUCGUGGACACAUUCAACAAGACUGAUGCUUCCAAGACUUUUGCCUUUUUGCUGUCUGCGAAGUCCGGUGGCUCGGGUCUAAAUCUCGUCGGCGCAUCUCGUCUGAUUUUAUUUGACGUCGAUUGGAAUCCGGCCACGGACCAGCAAGCUAUGGCCCGUAUCCAUCGAGAUGGUCAGAAGAGGCCAGUGAAAAUAUACAGAUUCGUAUUAGCAGGUGGAAUGGACGAGAAAAUCUACCAACGACAAGUGACCAAGACUGGACUAGCCGACAGCGUUGUCGAUGGAAAGAAGUCGGAGGGGAGUUUCACAGCGCAGGAGCUCAGAGAUCUGUUCCGCUUGGAUAUGAAUGCUGGGUGCCAAACUCAUGAACUGUUGGGUUGUGAUUGUAAGGGAGCUGGCGUUGACCUGGCACCACUUGAGAGCUCUUUGGAUUCGGCACCACACGAGGCCGUACAAGACAGCAUGGAUGACAGUGACGACGACUUGCUGUUCCCCCCAGCCAAAGUAAUCGUCUCUGGCACCAAAGCCAACGUAGCUGCAGUGGAGAAAAGCAUUGCCGACAAGGAAAAGAAGAAGAGAGCGAAGAACUCGGAAGGGAAUAUGAAGGCACUGAUGUUAUACAAGCACAUUGACGCCUCAAUAUUCAGGAGCGAGGCGCAAGAUGUGUUCGGCUUCGAGAAGGAAGAUUUCAUCGACGUCAAGAAAGCACUAGAUGAUGAGAUACUCAUUCAGGUACUAAAAGGUGAGAACUGCAAAAUCAAUUAUAUAUUUGCCAAAAGGGAUCGGGUCUAG